CAUUUAAACACGAUUCUAUAGCUUCACACGAACGUACAAUAACAAUACGCAGUUGAAAGAAACACAGCUGAUCUUAACACACAAUAUGUUAACGUUACAGAAUCUGCAUUCAUGUGAUCUCGGCUUCUCGGUAUUCGUUGGUUGUAAACCUUUCUUUAUUCAGACUAUGCUGAUUACUGUUUUGUGAAGAAUAACGUCAACUUUAAUGAUACAAUAACAUUGUAAGAUAUCGAUACGGGACUUCUAUGUUGUGAAGAAAGCAGCGAGUCCAGCCGGUGUGAACACCCAGAUCCCGUCAUCCAACCAUCCCUUCAGCCAUGGACAAGAAGGAGAAGAGGCCAGGCUACUUCGCCAGGCUGAAGAAGAGGCGGCAGCUCAAGCAGAACCAAUCAGAGAGCUCUGUGAACGAGCAGGACCAAUCAGACGCUGGCCAGAGGGUGCCAAUCAUCGGUGAGCAGCAGGAGAAGGGCCAGAAGGAGGAGCAUGAGAAGAAGAAGGAACUGAAUGGAGACACACACACAGAUAAUGGCAGCAACCCCAUAAGUCAUGUGAAGAAGGAGAAGCAGAGACCGCCUGGCACGGUGGAGUAUACUGUGUGCCCUAGUGACACUCUGAAUGGCAUCUCUCUGAAGUUCAACAUCACCCCCAAUGAGUUGGUGCAACUCAACCGCCUCUUCUCACGCAGCGUGGUCCCAGGACAGAAGCUAUUUGUCCCAGAUGUUGGCCAGUCAGACUCUGGUUGCCAGGAGACCGGAUCAGACCCAGAGUCCAGCGUUGCGCCCGGAAAACCCUCUCAGGAUGGCGUGUUGAGUGGACAGGCGGGUCUGUCGCUCCGGAGAGAACUGUCUCCACCCUCCGAAGAUGAGAGCCCAGCAACAGUCAAGUUCAUUAAGAUGAGCUGCAAGUACUUCACUGACGGAAUGGGUGUGGUGGGCGGGGUGAUGAUUGUGACACCCAACAACAUCAUGUUCGACCCGCACAAGUCGGACCCGCUGGUGAUCGAACACGGCUGCGAGGAGUACGGCCUCAUAUGCCCCAUGGACGAGGUCAUCUCUGUGGCGCUGUACGAUGACGUCUCACGCAUGAAGAUCAAGGACGCGCUGCCCUCCGACCUACCGCACGAUCUCUGUCCCCUGUACAGGCCGGGCGAGUGGGAAGAGCUUCCGUCGGAGCGAGAUCUCAACCCCUUCAGCCGCUACGAGGAGCUGGAGCGCCAGCGCGCCACGGACACGCCCCCCCCGCUCGACCAGUCGCCCUCCGACGAGGGCUUCACCGAGCUCCAGCCACUAGGGGGCAGUGCUGAGGAGGAGGAGGGGGACGAAGGGCUGUCCACACGCUCCCCUGGAGAGAUCACCGAGGUUACCACGGAGACGGAGGCUGUGGGAGACGCCGCCAGCAGCAGGAAACGGAGUGAGGCGUCAGUGGUGGGCGGAGCCACGGAGCUUGCAGCCGAAGCAGGGGACCAGAGGGGGAACCAGGGGCAUUGUGGGAGAUGUAGUUCGCCAGAGGAGGAGGGGCUGGAUGAGGACCAGGGGCAUUGUGGGAGAUGUAGUUCCCCACAGGAGGAGGGGCUGGCUGAGGACCAGGGGCAUUAUGGGAGAUGUAGUUCCCUACUGGAGGAGGGGCUGGCUGAGGACCAGGGGCAUUAUGGGAGAUGUAGUUCCCUACUGGAGGAGGAGCUGACGGAGGAGGAGAGGAGGCGGCGGAGCCACAAGGCCGAGGUGAAGUCGUGGCUGCUGCAGAGGAUGCAAGGACCAAUAGAAAACAUGCUGCUGUCUACGGAGGAGAAGAGCAAAGCUCCGCCCAUGUUCCUCUGCUUCAAAGUGGGCAAACCAAUGAGGAAGUCUUUUGCUGUUGCCCAGACAACUAGCCCCUCCCACUCCUCCAGCGGGCGAGUCAAGCUGUUAGAGUAUUGGUUUGCCGUCCCUCAAGAAAGGGUGGACGACCUGUACUCGUUCUUUGUGCAGUGGUCCCCGGAGGCCUAUGGGAAAGACGCUCGGGAGCAGGGCUUCAUCGUAGUGGAGAAGGACGAACUCAACAUGAUUGACAACUUCUUCAGCGAGGUCCCACGCAGCUGGGAGAUCAUCACCAUCAACGAGGCCAAACGCCGUCAGAGCUUUGGGAGCUUUGAGGAGGCGGAGCCUAUAGACCUGCUACCCUGCCUGAGCGACCCUAGUACUCUGCUGGACGACACACACAUUCAGAAGCUGGCUGCCCGCUUGCCUGCGCGUGUGCAGGGGUAUCCAUGGCGACUGGCGUACAGCACGGGAGUGCACGGCACCAGCCUGAAGACGCUCUACCGCAGCCUGGCCAGGCUGGACUGCCCCGUGCUACUGGUCAUCAAGGACAUGGACAACCAGGUGUUUGGUGCGUUCUCUACACACCCGUUCAGAGUGAGUGAACACUGCUACGGCACUGGAGAGACGUUCCUCUACAGCUUCAGCCCCGAGAUCAAGGUUUAUCAUUGGACAGGUGAGAACUCCUACUUUGUGAAAGGGAACAUCGACUCUUUGCAGCUGGGGGGUGGAGGGGGUCAUCUGGGCCUGUGGUUGGAUGCUGACCUGUACCACGGCACCACCUCCUCCUGCUCCACCUUCCACAACCAGCCGCUCAGCACCCAGCAGGACUUUACCAUCCACAGCCUAGAGGUCUGGGCCUUCGAGUGACCACACACACACACACACACACACACACACACACACACACUCUCUCGCUCACUCUCACACACACACACACACACACAGACUGCUGGAGCACCUGCAUGGCUUCUGGGAUAAAUAACUCACACACGCUACUGCAACAAGCAACAGCUCCACGGCAACAACUCCACUCAACCUGCAGGAUGAACCCCCCCCCCCCCCCUCUAUCACUGUGACUGUUCAACCAGACACACACACACACACACACACAGACACAGACACACAGCUGGAGUUGAGCGGGAUGGUAGAUUGUUAGUGCUGCUGUUGGAGUUUUCCAUUUCAGAUGGUUGGAAUCGGCACCAUUAUCUAACACACACACACACUGAGAAUCAGCACCAUUAUCUAACACACACACACACACACACACACACACUGAGAAUCAGCACCACUACCUAACACACACACACACACACACACUCACACACACUGAGUCUGAGUCAGAUCUUGUGCGUGCGUGUGUGUGGAUCCUGGGCAUGCAGAGACCCACUGGCUGAGUUGACGUGUGUUGUCCUGCAAACACACUCUGAUUGGCUGGGAAGGAAAGGGAAAUGACACGCUGUGUGUCGACCAGAAUGUUUGUUUGUUUGUUUGUUUGUUUGUUUGUUUUGUUUGUUGUUUAGUUAAGUCUCCACACUACCACAACACUAAACUGUAUGUGCUACUAUAUGUAUGUUGCUGUAUUGUUUUUAUAUGCAAAGUUUGAAUAUUUUUUUAAAUGAAUGUCCAUUUUGAGAAUGUAAAUCUUUUAUAUUUGUGUAUGUUAAGUUGAUGUUUUUAAAUUGCGUGUGUGAGAAGGUGGAAGAUUCAGUAUUAAUAUCUGAUAGAACAGGGAAGAUGCUUUGGGCACGGCUCCUACACUCACACACGUACAUACACACACAUACACACACACACACACACAUACACACACACACACACACCCCAGGCAGACUAGCCAAUCGCUACCCAGGAGGCGCUUGGUGUCGCGCUUUCUCACACUCCUGAAGGGGGUUCCCCAGAGACUGGAACGUUCUCCAGCGGUUCCCCAGAGACUGGAACGUUAACGGGGUAGUUAACAGUGUUGGUGUGGGGCAGUUCUUACCUCUGAGGGCAUUUGACACUUGGUUACUGAAGGGUAGUCCUUACCCCAGGGGUAUCUGGGCUGUGAGGGGUAUCUGCCUGCAUGUGUGUGUGCUCCAUCACGCCCCCUGGCACCUCUGUGCUUGCCUGCGUUCUACAUUCCGUCCAUGGUAGCGGCCGCCAUCACCUGAUCUGCUCUGCAGGGGAAGCUGCCCCGCAUGUGGGCCGGACGCGUGCCACGACUGGGCCAUAUCUUCUGGGUGUGUGGGCCGGACGCAUGCCACGACUGGGCCAGAUCUGCUGGGUGUGUGUGGCUAUCGGACGUCUCUUCUCAUCUGUGGUCUUUCUUGUGUAUGUAUCGUGCUGUCGCCAUGGUGAUGUGCUGUAUGAUCCCAAUAAAUGAAACAUUAUAAACCGCAA